UAAGCCACUGGGUUUGUAUGAAUGUGUGUGUGUCUUCUCUUUAAGAGGAGGUGCUUUGCCCUCAGACUCACAACAGUCUCACUUGGGACAGCUGGUGACACGGACGUGAUCUCGCUUCAACCGGGGAACUUGAACUUGAACUGAGCUACAGCCAUGGCUCGCCUUGACCAGGUCAUCACAAACAUUGUGGAUGUAUUCAUGGAGUAUGCUGUUGAAGAAGGCAGGAAACGCCAGUUAAGCCAAGAUGAGCUCAAGAAGUGUUUGGAGCAAGAAAUUCAGAGCCCCGAGUUAAAGGAUAGUAUCAAAGCAGAGGACAUUGCAGAGGCCAUGGAAAUGGAUAAAAACCAUGACGGUGAGAUCAACUUCCGAGAGUUUUGUCGGUGUGUGUCCGAGCUGUCCAGAUGCCAUUACUACAAGAAGAUAGGAAAAGUGGCCAAGAAAGGCAAGGGCAAAGAAGGUGAACAAGAAGGCUGAAGAGGAUUCUUUUCAAACCCUUAAAAUUAUAAUAUAUUGAUUCAUAUUUUAUACA